AUGGAAUGUGUUUUCAAUGCUCAAACUAAUAUUUAUCUAUCAAGAGAUCUUGCUUCCUUAACAAUAGAUCUUCAAACACAUUAUUUUUAUUAUAAUUACACGAACAAUAUACUGAAUUGUAAAUUAUUUUUAAAACAUCCGUAUAGUUCAUAUUUUAAACAACUUUAUUCAUCUACCAUCAAUGAAUAUCAACUAACAGAUGAUAUAUUAAAUGUUCUAAAAUUGUAUGCUGAUAGUCAAUCAAAUGAAUGUUAUAUGAAAACGAAUCUCAAUUUAUUAAGUGCUAAUUUAGAACAUAUUGAUUGGAUUUGUGUUAAUACAUUACGUUCAUUAAUACGUGGAUUAGCUCAAUCAAAUAUCAAACAUAUUAAUGCCGUAAAACCAGAUGGGCUCUGGUGGGCUCAAUCCAUCCUAGAAUUAUUUUGGCUCUUCCGAAAAAUUCAUUUAUUCUUUAUGUCUUUUGCACUAAAACCGAAGUGA